AUGCCGGAGGACGACUGGCGCUUGCCCCGAGAAAUUAUCUUCCACAUUCUCGAUCUCAUAAUUAGCGACUAUCGCCCAAGCCUCGCUCUAGACGGUCCUCAGCCUUGGGGACUUCAAGACCCCAAGUCCUCAUCGAUCCCCCCAGUUCUCAAAGCAAUCUCCCUCACAUGCCGCGCCCUCUGCGAAUACACGCGCCCGUUCAUCUUCGAAACGAUCCGCAUCACGCCAGAACCAAGAGUGUACCUCGCCAAACAGCGCUCAACAAUGGAGGCGUUUGCGGCCCUCCUCAGACACUCCCCUCACCUCGCCAGAUAUGUCGAAAACCUCGUCAUCAGCGCAUCAAAGGCGGAGACGGAGGCCCUGAAAGACAUGGGAUGGAGGGCAUUUGCACCAAGCCAGCUCCAACGGAGCUACACCUGGUCGAAGGUCCUGGAACAGAACUACCCCGACCUCAAAUGGCUCGUUCUGGACAUCCCGAUCCGCUGGGUAGAGAUUGCACCGGAUACCGCGAAGUCACUCACCAAAUUAUUGGAGUCGGAGGGCCUUGAAGGGCUCAGUAUCGACGCGCGGAUGUUUGCUUCGAGGAAGCUAAGACUCUGCAAGAGUCUCAAGUAUUUCCGCUUCGAUAGCAGCCACGACAUUCGCUGUUCUCCGCGAUCCGACAUUGUCGUCGAAGCACUACCAGCCAGUCGACUCCCUGCACUGACGCUGUUGGAUCUUUCCGCGUCGAUCCCUGCUACCCCCACUUGGUUGCAAAUGAUACAGGGUAGAUGCUUUGAUUGUUCAAAGCUGGAACGGUGCCGCAUAGGGAUAGACGGAUCUACGUCGUUUCCUCCUCACUGUUGUGACUUUUUGCAUCUUUCCACGCAUACCCUCACUCACAUCGAGAUAUAUUUCCGGAAGUUCAAACUUGCGUCCUCGCGUCCUCCCGAAGAUUUUACUCCUCUAAACCUUUCUCUGUUCAAGAGAUUGAAAGUCCUCGUAAUCGCAGCACACUUUGAAGAACGGGAAAGAAUCCUAGACUGGCUUUUCCAAUCGGCUGGACCCAUCGCGUCCCCAAACAAGCUUGAGAUCAAGCUUCAGCUCAGGACAGGGAAUGAAGUUCUCGCCCGUGGGUAUCCACUACAGCCAGAAGACCUGGAGGUACCGCCAUCCACUUCAACAACGCAGGAGUGGGAGUCAAAAUGGUCCACGACAGUCAAUACAAGGGCAUGGAUUCCCUCGCGCUUGCUUAGAGUUUCUGCUGUUCUCGACAUGCGGAAAAGCGCAGAUUAUCCAGAUGAUUGGAUAGUGCCACUUGAUAUCUACCAUACUCCAGGAUGA